AUAAUUUUGAAAAGUUAGAUUCCCAUUCCACUAAGUAAGAAAUUAAUAUUUAAUUACUCAGGUAUGGUGCUCUUUGCACCUGUUGUCGCCUUUGAAUCAAACUUCUUAUUGUUCUUUCUUCCUCUCGUCGUUAAAACACUCAUCUUCUUCUCUGGUCAUUAGAAUUUUUCUUGUUUUUCCUGUUGGGAAAUUUAAUCAUUUUCUUGGAAUUAUAAUCUUGUGCAACACUAUGGGGAACGUUUUCUCGUUUCAAUUGUCGUGUGAUACCAUAAUUUCUCGCUGCUGGGAUUGUGUUGCUGGACAAGUAAUCUACCCAUGCCAUCUUGAAGAAAACCUUGCUGGAUUGAACACAGCUCUGGACGAAUUAAAGGAGAGAAGGAAUGAUGUGGAGACGGAAGUCAACAUCGCUGUACAACAAAAAUUGAGGCCGCUGGAUGAAGUUCGAGGAUGGCUUUCAAGGGCGGAAACUAUGAUAAAUGAAGUUCAACUGCUUAUUGAUGGUCCUGAAGAAAUCAAGAAUUUAUGCUUGGGAGGCUGUUGUUCCAAGAAUCGCAAGCCUACCUUCAAUUUCAGCAAAAAAGUAGCCAAAAGACUACGCGAUGUUAAGGAUCUAAAGGGAAAGGGAGAUUUUAAAGUGGUAGCUACGGAGGCACCUGCACCUUCGGUGGUUCAAAGACCGAGCGACUCUGCCUUAGGCUUGGAAUCCAUGUGCAAUAAGGUCUGGAGUGCCUUUGAACAAAAGCAUGUGGGAAUUAUUGGCUUAUAUGGCGUUGGGGGAGUUGGCAAGACAAGGCUCUUGACUGAAAUCAAUAACAAGAUUGGUGUUUUAUCCGGUGGUUUUGAUGUGGUUAUUUGGGUUGUGGUGUCUAAAGCAUUUUAUAUUGGAAGGCUCCAAGAUGAUAUUGCAAAGAGGAUUGGCCUUUUUAAUGGAAUUUGGAGUGAGAAAACACCCGAUGAGAAAGCUAUCGACAUCUCGGAGAUUUUGAGAGAAAAGAAAUUUGUAUUGUUGUUAGAUGAUUUAUGGGAAAGAGUUGACCUAUCCAAGGUAGGGAUACCCGUCCCGAAUCAAGAAAAUGGUUCCAAACUAAUUUUUACAACUCGUUCUACUGAGGUGUGUGGCCAAAUGGGAGCUCAUAAGAAGAUUCAAGUGCAAUGUUUGCCCGAAGAAGAGGCUUGGAAAUUGUUUGAGGAACAUGUUGGUAAAGAUGUCUUUGAUUGUCAUCCAAGUAUUCGUGGGCUAGCUCAAGAAGUGGCCAAAGAAUGUGGAGGACUACCUCUUGCAAUCAUCACCAUCGGUCGUGCCAUGGCUUGCAAGAACACACCCGAAGAAUGGAAAGACACAAUUGAAGUCUUGAAGAAAUCAGCCAAUUUAGUUUUUCCAAACAUGGGUGAAGAGGUAUAUCCCCUUCUAAAAUUCAGUUAUGAUAAUUUGCAAAAUGACAUGGUUCGAUCUUGCCUCCUAUAUUGUAGCUUGUUCCCUGAAGAUUUUCAAAUUGAUAAAGAAAAGCUGAUAGAUUUCUGGAUAGUAGAAGGAUUUUUGGAUGAACAUGACACCAUAAGUCACGCUCGAAAUCAAGGACACCGCAUCAUUGGUUCUCUCAUUCAUGCAUGUUUACUGGAAGGAGUAUAUGAUUGGAGUAUAAAAAUGCAUGAUGUGAUUCGUGACAUGAGUUUGUGGAUAGCAUGUACGUGUGAAGCAGAGAAAUGGAAGUUUUUUGUGCAAGCAGGUUAUCAUUUGACUCGAGUGCCAGAAGGUGGAAGAUGGAAAGGUAUGCGAAGAAUAUCGUUGAUGAAAAACGAGAUUAAAAAUCUAACAGAAGCACCUAACUGUCCCGAUCUUCAAACUUUGUUUCUCAAUGAUAACCAUCAAUUGAAGGUGAUUCACAGUGAUUUCUUCCAAUUUAUGUGUGGCCUAAAAGUUCUAAGCUUUAGGAAUUGUCAUCUUAUAACUAAAUUGCCUGUGGGGAUUGCAAAAUUGGUAUCUCUAGAAUAUCUCGACCUAUCAUUCACAGGUAUAAGAGAGCUACCAAUUGAAUUGAAGGCUUUACAAAAGCUGAAGUGUUUGAACUUGAGUUGCAUGUACUGUCACAUCACAAUCCCAAGAGGGUUGAUAUCUGGUUUCUCAAAGCUGCGAAUAUUCAGAAUGAUUGUCUAUUCUCCUUUGGAUGAGGCAGUAGAAGAAAGUAAUGAAUGCUUGUUAGAAGAAUUGCAGUGCUUGAAUCACUUGAAUGCAUUGUCCUUGUCUGUAACAAGUGCCUUUGCUCUUGAUAGAUAUUUGAAUGCAGAAAGAUUACACAACUACACUGAAGAUAUUUCGCUUGAGGUUUUGAAGGACUCAAUGCAAUUGAAUAUUUUACCUUUAGCAAAUAUCAAGUCUCUACAUUCUCUAGCAGUUGCGAGUUGUGAAAGUUUGGAAGAAGUGAAGAUGGAGUGGGCAGGGGAAGGCAGAAUGACAAAAGCACAGAACCGCAUUCAAACCUCUGUGAUUGUAACCCAAUAUUGCUUCCAAAGCCUCCACAAGGUAAUCAUGAUCAACUGCUCAAAAUUGAGGAACAUAACAUGGCUUAUUCUCGCUCCAAAUUUGAGGAAUGCUUUUGUAGAAGACUGCAAUAAAAUGGAAGAAAUAAUCAGUGAGAUAAAACUGAGUGAGGUGGCAGAGCUUGUAGGAACUUUAACCCCAUUUGAAACACUCAAAUAUCUUACUUUAAGGAAGCUACCAGAAUUGCAGAGCAUUUACUGGAAUGCACUACCCAUCUCAUGUAUAAAGGAAAUUCACGUUCAAAAUUGCCCAAAGCUGAGGAGACUUCCACUCAACUCUAACAGUGCAAAUGGAAACAAAAUCAGCAUUAAAGGAGAGGAAAAGUGGUGGAAAGAGCUGCAAUGGGAGGAUGAAUCUACUAGAAAUGCUUUUCUUCCUUGUUUCAUUGCAAUUUAAAGAAAGGCAUGAAAUUGCAAAUGUUCAGCAAGACAGUUUUGGAUGCUGCUAUCCUUAGGCAUACUGGAUCUGGCUACUUGUAUGUACCCUGUCUGAAGAGAAGAGAAACAAGCCUCAGAAAGCAAAAUCACCUGCUACUCCUUUUUAGCAGAUUGGGAGAGACUUUAAAGCUCGUUUGUGUGCUGCUGAACUAGAAAAUAAGGUCAUUGGUGAUCAUUGUGGUGUAGAUUAUAAUUACUCGUUCCUUAAUCGGAUUGCUUGUUACAGUGUUGCUUUUCUGUUGUAAACCUCGGGAUUAUUUUUCGUUAAAACAGAUUUACUGUUGUUUUCCUGGUUCUUCUUGCAUGAAUGUAAUUUCAAUUGUCCUAAAAAAAAAGCUACUUACCCACCCCUCUCCGCUCAACCCACCCACAUACAUUGUUUAAGUAUUCAUCUUACACAAACUUUUUAGUUGUGUUAUUGUGUGUAUCAUAUUUCAAUAAGCAACUGAUCCUUUAACAAAGUUUGAUAGUCACUUCUCCAUAAAUUUUUUCUCUUAAGUAGGAGUAUGUUAGAAUGGAAGGAUGAAAGAAGUACAAAAUAUUGAGCCACUUAUACCAAAAUCAAGAUCAUAUUUC